UUCAGAGACAAAAAAACCCUAACCGGACAAAGCCUGAGUGGGUUUACCUUCCCCCAGUUGACCAGACAUUUUAGCCCGAAACCAGAAAACCCUUCAAAAUUCACUGCCCCUCUCUCUCCUCCCCUGUCCCUCUCUCUCCUCACACACACACACACAUUCUCUCUCUGUAUAUCUCUCUAUCUCUGUUUGUGCAAUUUUUGCUCUGAUUUUUUGUCUAUUUUUGAGGUUUUUUUUGCAGCGAAGAAGAUGGAGUCGUGCGCCACUGAGAAAAAGGGCAUCUGGGUUGGCUCUCUUUUGGAAGCAAUGGUGGUCGACACUGUCGUUGCUGCUCACAACUCCCUUGCUCUGCUGCUCCUUGCGACUGGGGCACUGAUGAAUGGUAUCAAUAUGUCACCGGAAUUGACUGCAAUCACAGGAAGGUUUCCUUUUAAAGAACUUCUCAAAGUGGAAAAACCUGGUGUGGAAAACAAAGAUGCUAGUGAUACAGAGGAUGACAACGAGGAUGAAGAUGAUGAGGAGGUGGAUGACCCAGAGGAUGAUGAUGCCAGAGAUGAGGACUUCUCAGGUGACGAAGGGGCAGAUAAAGAAGGAGAUCCAGAGGAUGAUCCUGAAGCCAAUGGCGACGGAGGCAGUGAUGAGGAUGAUGAUGAAGAAGACGACGAUGAUGACGAUGGUGAUGAUGACGAUGAUGAAGAUGAGGAUGGAGAAGAAGAGGAAGAAGAGGAGGAAGAGAUUCCACAGCCACCUGCUAAGAAGAGGAAGUGAGAAGAGGAGCCACCAGUCCUUUGCCAUUGUGUUGUUUCCGUUUCAGUAAGGAGUUAUGAAGUAGUGAGGCAGAAUUUAGCUUGUCAGUUUGAUCGGAGUAGAAUUUGCAUUCCUUGCCCUUAAUGAACCGCAGAUGUUAUUAGUUAUCGUCGAGAUACAUUGUUCUCGUAUGAAAAUCAGUAGACGUCUUUGAUGUUACGUUGAGAAUCUUCGUAUGUUCUGUUAAACCUCUUUGAUCGAUUUAUAUAAGUUUGGGAUUCAUAAAAUUGACUGAAA